AUGGGGGGAGAGCUCUGUAGUGCAGGAAUGGGAAACGGGUUGCUCGCAAGGAUAGGGAAGACAUGGCGAAAAGGCGAGAAACGACUAAACGACACCGUGGAGAGGAGCAGAGUCGGCAUAUACUUCAAGCUGGAAGCAAGGAAGAGCUGCUUUACCAAAGAGCUACGUGCUGGUCUGGCCACUUUCCUCACCAUGGCUUACAUCAUCACCGUCAACGCCACCAUCAUCGCCGACUCGGGCGGCACGUGCUCCAUCUCCGACUGCUCCGUUCCGGCAAACCAAACAGCUGCCGGCCCGGACUGCAUGUUGCAGCCAAAUCCAGGUUACGAAGCUUGUCUAGCAAACAUCAAGAGUGACCUUAUUGUUGGUACUGUUUUAUCAUCCAUGAUAGGGUCAAUCGCCAUGGGAGUUUUGGCAAAUUUGCCCUUGGGCUUGGCCCCGGGUAUGGGCUCAAAUGCCUACUUGGCCUACAAUUUAGUGGGCUUUCAUGGCAGUGGGCCCAUCAAGUACCAAACUGCCCUAGCUGUGGUUCUUGUUGAGGGAUGUGCUUUUCUUGCUAUAUCUGCUCUUGGUCUUAGAGAAAAGGUUGCCAAGCUCUUUCCCCGCUCGGUUCGACUCGCUUGCGCAGCCGGAAUCGGGCUUUUCAUUGCAUUUGUGGGCCUUCAAAUCCACCAGGGUGUGGGCCUAGUCGGCCCAGAUCCAUCCACAUUGGUCACCAUCACAGCUUGUGCCAAUACAGACCUGGUCACUGGUCAAUGCCUAGGAGGGAAAAUGCACAGCUCCAAGUUUUGGCUGGCCUCUGCUGGCUUUUUGAUUACAUCUUAUGGCCUAAUGAAGAAUGUCAAGGGCAGCAUGAUAUAUGGUAUUGUAUUUAUAACACUAAUCUCAUGGUUUAGGGACACAAGUGUGACAGUCUUUCCUAACACACCACUUGGUGACACAAAUUACUUGUAUUUCAAGAAAGUGGUGGAUUUUCACACCAUCAAAUCCACAGCUGGUGCUAUCAGCUUUAGUAACUUCAACACAUCAGAGGUUUGGGUGGCUUUGGUAACAUUGCUCUAUGUUGAUGUGCUCGCCACCACAGGCACAUUGUUCACCAUGGCAGAAAUGGGAGGGUUUGUGAAUGACAAAGGUGGCUUUGAAGGUGAGUACUUAGCUUACCUCGUCGACGCUGGAUCCACCGUUGUUGGGUCUGCACUGGGAAUGUCUCCCAUUGCAACAUAUGUGGAGUCAUCAGCUGGGUUGAGAGAAGGAGGCCGAACUGGGUUAACGGCGGUGACAGUUGGUUUCUGUUUCUUUCUGUCACUGUUUUUCAUUCCCCUAUUAUCUAGUGUGCCUCCUUGGGCUAUAGGACCUUCACUUGUAAUGGUUGGGGUGAUGAUGAUGAGAGUUGUGAAGGACAUAAAUUGGGGAGAUAUGAAAGAGGCUGUGCCUGCAUUCAUUACCAUGCUUCUCAUGCCUCUCACAUAUUCCAUAGCAAAUGGGAUCAUAGGUGGGAUUGGACUCUACAUUGCUCUUAGUCUAUAUGACCAUUUGGUGGUGUUGCUGAAAUGGUUGGUUGAGAUGAGAAGAAGGGUUGUCCAAGAACACAAUCAAGUGUCUGCUACUGCUGGUGUAGAGUUAUCAAAUGAAAUAAUCUGA